AUUUCUCCUCCCCUUCAUCUCUCACCUCACUCUUCAUUCUCUCAAUUUCUCACACACCUUUUAGCUGCUUCAAUUAAUUCCCAAAUCGGGAAGAAAAUUAAAGAUGUGGUCGCUUUGGGUAGCAAUAAUCUUGGUGGCGUUGACAAUGGCUGCUCCCACUUCACAGCGUAGUCUAAGAAUGGGCAUCAAAGUGGAAACCUUUAUAUCGCCUAGGUUUGAGCUGGAACCUGGAUUGGUUGCUAAUAAAUUCUUUAUUGGUAUAGGCUUUCCAAAAGGUCAUAUUGCUUGGAAAGGGUUUGAUGCAGAAAUAGUUGAUGAGGAAGGGAAGUCUGUCCCACUUCAUGAAACUUAUCUCCAUCACUGGGUUGUUGCAAAAUACAUGAUACGCAAAGAUGAGGUAGUAGAACCAGCAGGUAGAAUGUUUCUUGUAGGGAACUCAGGGAUUUGUGCUGAACUACCACAAUAUUUUGGGGUGGGAUCUGAGACGAGGAAAACAAACUCAAGUAUUCCGGAUCCAUAUGGAAUAGAAGUUGGAAAUUCGCCCCCGGGGUUAGAGGAAGGAUGGAUGCUUAAUGUACAUGCAAUUGAUACACGAGGCACCGGAGAAAAUCAGCAGGGUUGCGCUGAGUGCAGGUGUGAUUUGUAUAAUGUGACUAAAGAUGACUAUCCUGGAGGCAUGAAAUGCUGCUAUGAUGGGGCGAGAUGCAGGGUGGAACGAGGAUUUCAGGGUGAAAAGAGAGGGCUCUAUCUUAAGUACACUGUGACUUAUGUUGAUUGGAACCCCUCAAUUGUGCCUGUCAAGAUUUAUCUAUUUGAUGUCACUGAUACUUUGGAAUUGUCUCAUAUUUUCCCGGGAAGACACACUUGCGAGAUUGAAUACCAAGUUGAAGCAUGUUCUGCUGAUACGCCUACUCAUGAAUGUGUCCAUUCCAAAAGCUUAACAGUAAGUUUGCCAAAGGGUGGGGAUCUCAUCCAUGCUUAUGCUCACCAACACAUUGGAGGGAUUGGCUCUACUCUUUUUGGAGAGGAUGGGCGGGUUCUGUGCAAUUCACUUCCAAUAUAUGGAAACGGAACAGAACCAGGAAACGAAGAUGGUUACCUUGUUGGAAUGUCAACCUGUUACCCUCAACCUGGCUCGGUCAAGAUUGCUCCAAUGGAGAAGCUAACUAUUGUAUCAAAUUAUAGCAAUGUCCAGAUGCAUACAGGGGUCAUGGGCCACUAUUUCAUUUUUGUUGCUGAGUCAUUGCCAGAAUCAAACCCCACCUUUCAUUCCUCGACGUGGCAGAUCUGAUGUAGGUAGAUUUUCAAGCUUGAAUUGGAAGCCAUGAUGAUGUGUUACUCAGCUUCUGGUAAACUCAAUGCCUCUCAAGAAUAAGAGAUCAUAUGCUGUAAGUUUUCUUGCAUUGUAUUAUAUGUGUAGGCAUGUAAACCCAUUUGGUAAAACCUUAGAAUGCAUUGUAAUGCCUAUGUGACAUGUACCAGUAAAACUUUUUUUUUUUUUUAGU